ACUUCAAUUAAUUAUUUUUGUGCCAUUGACACCAAAAAUUAGCAUCAAUCUGAACUCAAAAUUAAAAUCUUAAGUGGGGCUAAUUCAUCGAUAUGUUCUAAAGAAGGAGCCAAGCUCAAAAGUUAACAAGAUCUAAAUUUAGGGGUAAAUUUACCUUUGGAAUCAUUCAACUUUCCAAUCUUCCUUUCUAAUCAAAUGGUGUUUCAUUCUACGUACAUUGCUUGUUCCUGGCUAUCAAUCCAUCAAUCAAUGGGACUGGCAUGACAAAUGCACACUUUUGAUCUAAUUGAACAGGCUUGAAUUCUUCUAGUUUGUGUUCCAUUUGACCUCUUGAAGGUUCAAAUUUCAAAUUUUUUUGGCGUGCCUCAACUUAGUGUUUAACUCUAUAUUUCCUCUAAUUUAAGUUGCUAUAUUUGGUUUGGUAGGUUGUUCCUUCAACUACCGAUUUGUUUGACCAAAAUAACUGUAAUUACCUUCAUUUAGCCUCAUUCUCCCCUUUAAUCUCGCAAGGGAAGGCUUUUAAGCAAAGCUUGUGCCUCCCAACUCCUUCCCAGUUUGAUUUCUUCUCUCUUUUUUGGCUUCUGUUCACUUUCUUAGUGCUUAUAACUAGUAUUCUGGUAACAUUCAAUCCUGUCUCGUCUCUUGUUUUUGUCUGUUCGUUUUGAUCUCCCAUUCAAUAUAUUUGUCCGACCUCUCUUUUGGGAGUGCCGGUCUUAUUGAAAUUCCUGGACCUUUCUCUUGAACUUCUUUAUUCGUAAAAUGUCCUUAUCAACUGGCGAAUCCAGUGCAACAGCCGAAACUGCUGGAGCUUGAUUCGACGUGAUUCUAGUGGAGGGAACAGUUCUUGCCCAAUUGCGAAUUGAGUUUCACCAACGUCCCCAAAGACGAAGAUGAUCACUUCAAGCCGAGGAGUGGAUAAAUUUCCUGCACUGGGUUCGAUCUUCAUCACCAGAGAAUCAAGAAUGUUAUGUGCUGAACAGAAUGAUCGAGUCUUUAGAACCGGACAGAACAGCACAGAUCGUUCGUCGCCUCGUUCGAUCUUAGAUGAAUACUGCUUGUCAGGAUCCUGGACCCUUGUUGAUAAAUGGUUUUGCUCUUGGUUAUCAAGAGUUCAUUUGAGCAAUGAAGGUGCAUCUGUGGCUUUUGCAAGCGCCCCCCUGGAUUUAGAUUUCAUUCACGUGGAUGAUUUGAAUGACGAUGCAGAUGCAGAAAAUUGGUUGAUCACUUCAACCGAAAUCUCCCAGUCUCCUCGCGUGAUCCCGAGAAAUGAAUCCACAAGUCGCAAGCGUUCAUUGAGCCGAUCCGGCUCCAUAAACAACCUUCAUUCGACGUCAUUUCCAAGUUCAGAUGAGGACACACACAGUUAUUUGCUCUCUCUGGUGAAUCUUGAUGAGGAAGAUUCAAAGCUAUAUAGCGACGUGGAUGGCGAUUUGGAGAAUUUUCCAUCAGAUUUCCCUAGCCCAUCUUGUCGGCGCGGUAACAGUCCUGGAGCAACAUCCUCAAUCUCUACCGGAUUGUCUCUCCUCGAAGCGGCGCAAGGGAAUUCACUAAGCCAUCUCUCUUCAGAAGAUUUUCCUGGAAUUGCUGCAGAACUCGAGAAUCCUAACAAUGAGCCAUUUUUCUGGCCGUUCCAGAGGAAAUUCGAUUGGGAUUCCGAUGAAACAGUGCGAUUCCUGAGUAUGUCGCCACGGAAGUUCAUCGUGGAACGCAAAAUUCCCAGGGGGACAUCUUGCAAACCUUCCGUAUCGCAUUUCUUGGGUAGGAAAGCGAGUCCGAGAGAGGGUUCCAAGACAAGGAUUGAUCAACUCAGCACAAGAUCAGCAAGUUGCAACAGAUCAGAACUCAUUCAUCCGAGGACAAUUAAAGUGAGUCGGAAGGUCGGCGACAUGGGGCCGUCGAGAUUGAGCAGGACGAGUUGGAGAAUCUCCACGAAAGCUGCACCUUUUGUGGAUUGAAAAAUCGUAUCCUAGAUCCAAAAAAGAAUUCCCAAUGUUUCUCCUACCAAGAAUUCAUUCCAGGAAGGACCCUGAAUUUCUAGGGAGAUCAGGAGAGAGGCCUUGCUGGAUUGCUUGCAAUGGAGUAAAUAUUGGGCCUUGUUGGAUUAUUUGGGCUUGGGCCUUACCCCAAAAUUUGAGCCCAGUUGGUUUGGUAGCUACUCUUUACGCAUGCACAGUUUUUUGGUAAUAUAGAAUGUUGUGAUACUGAAUUACUGAUACCGACUGAUGCAAUCCAAAUUUAGCUCUUGUACUAAACCUAUUUUUUUUAUUUAUUGUAGUAA